AUGCCAUGGCGUGAACUUUUCCUUUCUUCUUUCUUGAACAAUUGCUAUAUGAAGUUUCGCGAGACAAUUGCAGACGUCAAUCGUUUAUCAUAUUUUAUGAAGGCCACUCUAAUUACAAUUAUUAUAUCAGACCAAUUUGGGCACUCGACGCCCCCAGGUGUUAGUGCCGGCCGCAGUGGAAGCGACCAGUGUGAAUUUAUAACGCCUUCUUUUAUCUAUCUAUCUAUCUAUCUAUCUAUCUAUCUAUCUAUCUAUCUAUCUAUCUGUCUCGAUUGUGUUCUAUCUAUCUAUCUAUCUAUCUAUCUAUCUAUCUAUCUAUCUAUCUAUCUAUCUAUCUAUCUUUAUCUAUCUAUCUAUCUAUCGAUUGAUCUUCUAUCUAUCUAUCUAUCUGUGUCGAUUGAGUUCUAUCUAUCUAUCUAUCUAUCUAUCUAUCUAUCUAUCUAUCUAUCUAUCUAUCUAUCUAUGUCAAUGAAAUACCAUAUUCCAUGUUCUCCUUCCCAUGAAGUUCUUGAUUUGUCAAAGCCAACCAAAAGUGGAUCGCUCUUUUCUGUCUAUCUAUCUAUCUAUCUAUCUAUCUAUCUAUCUCUCUCUAUAUAUAUGGUUGACUCUCCCGUCGUAUUCGACCUAUCUAAGACUGUUAUCUAUCUAUCUAUCUAUCUCUAUCUAUCUAUCUAUCUAUCUAUCUCAGUCAGUUAUCUAUCUAUCUAUCUAUCUAUCUAUCUAUCUAUCUAUCUCAGUCUGUUCUAUAUCUAUCUAUCUCAGUCUGUUCUAUAUCUAUCUAUCUAUCUAUCUAUCUAUCUAUCUAUCUAUCUCAGUCUGUUCCAUAUCUAUCUAUCUAUCUAUCUAUCUAUCUAUCUAUCUAUCUAUCUAUCUAUCUCCCUUUAUUGCUACAUAUCAUGCCUGUAUCUCACUAUUUCUCUCCCUUCUGCAAUAUUUAUUGUCUUUUCACUUCUCUCUUCUCCUUUCUCCGUUCUUUCGGGAUUUUCACGACUGUUAACAUCCACCGGAAAUCGACCAGCAACAUUGGUAAAAUCAAUAACACUAACCACAUUCUAUCUAUCUAUCUAUCUAUCUAUCUCUAUCUAUCUAUCUAUCUCAGUUCAUGUCUUAAGUAACAAAGAAGUUUAUCAUUAUCUAUCUAUCUAUCUAUCUAUCUAUCUAUCUAUUUAUCUAUCUAUCUCGGCCUGUUCCAAUCUAUCUAUCUAUCUAUCUAUCUAUCUAUCUAUCUAUCUAUCUAUCUAUCUAUCUAUCUAUCGUUGCCUAAAUUCUUAA